AAUCCCCAGAGAAAAUAAUCACUUUAUUAUGGGAAGACUAAUAACAACUUCCAAACCUAUCAUCCUCCAAUCAAAGCUCCUCUGUUUUUCUCUUCUCUAUCUCUUCACCACUCUGUUCCUUGCUCUUUACACCACUUUGUCUCAGUCCAAGUGCUUUUUCCGAUCAUCCCCUUUGGAUCCCAUCCACAAUUCUCUCUUCUCUUACCCUUCUUCCUAUGGAGAGCACAAAUAUGCUGUCUCAACCACCCGUUCUACAUGCUCUUCCCCUGUUUUCUUUUCUGAUUACUGGAAUGUUGUAAAGGAGAUCAACAAUUACCGGAAGAAAAAAUCUCAAGCUUAUUCAGGGGUUCUGAGGUACAUGCAGGGGAAUGCAGAUAGUUUCGGUGGGAAUCUCAGCACCCUUAAGAGGUUUUCAUAUUUUGAUCAUCAAAAUGAUAGCACAGAAGUUCCAUGCGGAUUUCUGAAGAAGUUUCCAAUCAGUGAUUCUGAUCGAAUUGCAAUGGAAAAGUGUGAUAGUGUAGUAGUGGUUUCAGCAAUCUUCAAUGAUCAUGACAAAAUCCGACAACCGAAGGGUCUUGGGUCAAAAACGUUGGAAGAUGUGUGUUUCUUCAUGUUUGUAGAUGAUGUUACCCUCAAAGGUCUUGAACACCAUGGAAUGAUUUCAACAAAAUCUAGAGAAUACAAGAUAGGUGUAUGGAGGGUUGUGAAGGUUUCAAGAGAGGAUUUGUAUCAAAACCCGGCAAUGAAUGGGGUUAUACCAAAAUAUUUAGUCCAUAGGUUAUUCCCAAAUUCUAAAUUUAGCAUUUGGAUAGAUGCAAAGUUGCAACUAAUGGUUGAUCCGUUGUUGUUGAUUCAUUCACUUGUUAUAUCUGAGAAUGUAGACAUGGCUAUAUCAAGACACCCUUAUUAUGUUCAUACCAUGGAAGAAGCAAUGGCAACUGCAAGGUGGAAGAAAUGGUGGGAUGUUAAUGCCUUAAAGGUGCAAAUGGAAACAUACUGUGAAAAUGGAUUGCAACCAUGGAGUCCCAACAAGCAGCCCUAUGCUUCAGAUGUACCAGACAGUGCUUUGAUCUUGAGGAGGCAUGGAGUGAGCAGUAACCUCUUCUCCUGCCUCAUAUUUAAUGAGUUGGAGGCAUUUAACCCAAGAGACCAAUUACCCUUUGCAUUUGUUAGAGAUCACAUGAAGCCCAACCUGAAACUGAACAUGUUUGAGGUGGAAGUAUUUGAACAGGUGGCACUGGAGUACAGACACAAUCUCAAGAAUAGUGAUGGGACCACUGUCAAGAAAGUGUCCACUUCAAGAAGAACCAAAAGGGUAGACCCAGAUUUGUUAUAUGUGAACGGCAGCUGUUGCAGCAAGUGCCAGAAGUAUCUUUCCAUUAUGUGGGGUGAAUCCAAUGAUUAAUGACCCCAUAAGACCAUAAAAUUGGUCAAAAUUACAAAAUCAAAGAAAGGUAAAAGAAGCUAAUAGUUGGAUUUGCCUUUUAAUAGUUUCAAGGAAUCAAUUAACGAUGAAAAAGAAAAGAUGAAAAGGAAAAAUAUAGAAUAAUUCCUUUUUAAAUAGGGAAAAGCUGAUAACCUGUUACAAGCUAAUAGGAAUGUAUUUAUUCGUUUUCAAAUAGUAUUAUUCUCUAUGAUCAAUUUUUUAAAUCUUUGAAUUGUGUACCUCGUUGUUGUAAGUUGUGUAAAGAAUAAUGCAAUCAUUAUCAGAAUGAUUUGUUUCU